CCUAUACGCAGUUCAAAGUUGGGGUAUCUGAGCGAGCGGCCCCGCGCCGUGGCUCCUCUAGGUUGCGGUACCGCUGGUCUCCCCCUCCCGCGUCGAGGCCCCUCCCUCCCGGGGCCCUGCACCCACUAGCCGGGACGGCAUCACACUGAGAGGGGAGGGUCCGAAGCGGGACCGGACUCCCCCAUCCCCAUGGCAUUCGCCAUGCUGCGCCCAGUGGCCACCCACGUGCUGUACCCCGAUCUGAGCCUGUUAAGUGAGGACGAGGAAAACCGAAGCGAGAGCGAUGCUUCUGACCAAUCGUAUGGCGGCUACGAAGGGCUGGAGCCCACUCGGCGGCGGGCCGGGAGCGGGGUCGGGGGUGGUGGCGGCCGCAGAGCGGGGACCGGUGUCGGCGUUGGAGGUGGCGGGGGGCCAGUGGUGGUGGUAAAGCAGAGACAAGCGGCUAACGCGCGGGAACGGGACCGGACCCAGAGUGUCAACACGGCCUUCACGGCGCUGCGCACGCUCAUCCCCACAGAGCCAGUGGAUCGCAAGCUGUCCAAGAUCGAGACCUUGCGCCUGGCUUCCAGCUAUAUCUCCCACCUGGCCAACGUGUUGUUGCUAGGCGAGGGCUGCGACGAUGGGCAGCCCUGCUUCCGCGCCGUCUGCGGACCCAAGGGCGAGCGCAGCGCAUCCGGGAGCGGUGGUGGAGACCCUAGACAGCAACCUCGCACCAUCUGUACCUUCUGCCUCAGUAACCAGCGCAAGGCGGGCAGUCGACGGGACCUUGGCGGCAGCUGUCUGAAGGCAAGAGGGGCAGCCCCGCUUCGGGUGCCAAGGAGAUGAUCUUGGAGUCCCUCCUUGAAGUGUUCCAUUCCACAAGGUGGUCCCAGAAUCCUGGAGAGAGUCGAAGGACAAGGCGGGGGAGGAAAGGGGCCUUGCUGGCCUGUGCUGGCCAGACCAGGAGGAGACUGAAGGUCCCAUCUGUGCAGGCUAAGAGACUGGGUGGGGAUGUUAGCGCUUGGGCUGUGGGGUAGGCUGGAUCUCCUCCUCUGAGGGUCUCAAAGCUCUGG